GCUGUGCCCAGGAUAUUGAGCAUCCAUGAGGUGCCUCGUUCCACCUCGUUUGCAGGCAGCGUCCGGGAGGAGCCAGUCCUGGCAUCAAGCUCGGCAUCGCCUGAGGAGCCAGGUACCCCGGAGAUGGAAGUUCGUAAGGUCAGCUCGGCCAAACGCUUAGGUGAUGACAUCGUGCAUCUCGAUGCAGAACAGACUGACGGCCAGAGUGGUCUGGAGGCCUUCUCGGACUUCCCCAAGGAGUUCGAUCCUCUGGCAGCUAGCCGCAGCAGAAACGGCAGCGAGAGGGUGGAUCUUGACGAGAUCUUCAGCGCCUUCAAGACGUCUCAGGACUUGCACAUGCUCGACAGGCAGCCGAUCUACGUGGAGAAACUUGCGGCGGCCGACAUCCAGAACAGUCUUGAUCAGAUCUUUCCCAUGCCGCCGGAAGAGUCGCCCGAAGCGACAAAGGCCCAGGCCGACUCGAAGAUCUUCCCCGGAUCCUCUCAGCGCCUUGUGACCGAGCUUCCGCUUCCAGAGGCCUUUUCCUUGCAGCCGCUUUCGGAGGACUGCAACUUGGAUGCUCCAUCCAUCACAUGCCCCGUGCCUGAGAAGGCGGAGGGCCAGGCCCCAGCUCGGCCACGGCACCUGGAGGCAGCGCUGCCCUCCGAGGUCGCGCAAGGCUCCCGAAGGAGGGGCCGAAGCCUCGAUGCUUCGAUUCCCAAGCCCGGGGCACAGGCCCUCUUUGACACAGGUGACCCGAGAAGUGCUGUGCCCUUCGGCGGCCUCCUCCCAUCCUGCCAGGAGGACCCUGCUGCAGCAAGGCGUGGCCGCAGCACGGACGACCAGUGCCGUGCCGACGCGAGGCGUCCUUCCUGGGAGGUUGACCUGCAGCCAGCCCCAUUUCCGCAGGAGCUCCUGCAACUGCAGCCCAUGCAGGACAUACCGCUUUUCCAGCAGGUGCAAGAACUACAGCUGCAGCCCCUCCAGAACAUCACACCACCAUCCCCUCCACCGGAUGUGCAGGCCAAGAGCGACAGCACUUACCAGCGCUUCAUGCGGGAUGCGGACAAUCUGCUGGCCUGGGAUGUUCCGGGACAGGCGUACCUCAAGUACUGUGAAGCGAACAGCCAGCACGACGACCUCUGCGGUCAGAAGUCAGGCGAUGCGUAUCGCGGCAUGGCUCGAAGCCUUUCUGUGGGUGCAGGCUUUCGAGGCGUCGUUGCCGGUUUGCCAACUACAGCAGAGGAGCGUCUAGACCUCGGCAUGAACAUGCUUGAGUUGGCGGUGGAGGCGGGCUCCAGCAAGCUUGGCGAUGCGCGAAGUGAUCCGAAGCUUGAGAAUCUGCGAAAGCUUCGGUCUGCGCGCUUCCUGGCACUCAUGGAGCAAGUCCCAGCGACGGGCUUGGAUGCCUUGGCAGUGGCAGCAUCCGCAGGAGUUGCAGCCAUGGCAGCCGUUGCAGGCAUUCAACCUGUCUCGCUCGUACCCACCGCACCUGUGCCGGCGGCGCCCUAUGUGCCGGAGCCACCGACGACGUCGGUCUUCCCGGAUCCUGCCCAGGCUACGACCCUUGUGUUGCCGAUGCCACCGAGUGAGCUCGCUGCCGUCCGUGAGGUUCAGCUGCCGCAGGACUCGGACUCGGACCAAGAGGAGGACGACGAAGAUGAGGAAGGCGACGGCGACAGUGAGGAGGAUGGGGAUGGUGAGGAAGAAAGUGAAGAGGAAGGUGAGAAGCCCGACGAAGAAGAGAGCGGGGCCUCCGACUCCGAAGAGUCCCAGGCCAAUGAGGACGAGGGCGCCGCCUCCGAGAGUGAUGCGGAGCUCAGCUGGGCAGAAGCGCUGCGGAACUUCUUCGGCUGGUAG